AUGGAAGUUCUGACUUCAAUUCUAGAUGCAGCUGCGGUAGAAAUAAGCCGAAGGCGCUGUGGCUCCUUUUCUAACAUCAAAAACUUCAUCAGAUUCCAAUCAAAUCUCAAUGAUUUAGAAAAAAAGAUGAAUAGUCUGAUAGAUCUUCGCAGCAAUGUGAAAGAAGAAGUUGAUUUAUCUAAUACACAAAAGAUGGAGUGGCUUAGAGAUGUCCAACAAAUCAUUUUCGAAGCAGAGCCUGUGCAAGCAGGUAGGACAACCAACAAACAAAAACUUUGUGGAUGUUUCUUUAAUUGCAGUGAAAGAUAUGAAUUCAGCAGGGAAACGGUUAGAAUUGUCAAGGAGAUAGAAAGGCUUUUGAAGAUUAGGAAUAUCAUUGCUAGAACAGAAUGUGUGAACCAUUUGGCUAAAAAGGUUGAGUAUAUCCCUGGACCGUCAAUCAGAAAUCAAACGACAGCACCAAAUAGUUUAGCCAAAGUUAUGAAUCUAUUGAAUGAUGAUAAUGUUCAGAGGAUUGGUGUUUGGGGCAUGGGGGGAGUGGGCAAGACUACCCUGGUGAAGAACUUGAACAACAAUCUCAAGAACACCUCUUCCACUCAACAAUUUGGCGUGGUAAUAUGGGCUACUGUGUCCAAGGAGCUAGAUUUAAAAAGGGUUCAAAUACAAAUAGCGGAGAGAUUGAAUCUUGAAAUGAUAAUGGGAGAAAGUGUGGAGAGGUUAGCUGUUCGACUUCAUCAGAGGCUCCAACGGGAGAAUAAAUUUCUUCUUAUCUUGGAUGAUGUGUGGCAGAUGAUUGAUUUGGAUGCUUUGGGUGUCCCGCAACCUGAAGUUCAUACAGGAUCUAAGAUCAUUUUGACAUCUCGAUCUUUAGAGAUAUGUAGGGAGAUGAAGACUGAUGAAGAAGUAAAAGUCGAUGUUCUUAAUGACGAAGAAGCAUGGCAAUUGUUUAGUAGAAGUGCCGGGAAGGUGGCUACUUUAAAGCAUAUUGAACCAUUAGCGAGGGUGGUUGCCAGAGAAUGCAGCGGUUUGCCUUUGGCUAUCAUCACUGUGGGGACAGCUAUGAGGGGGAAGACAAUGAUUGAACUGUGGAAGGAUGCCUUGAACGAGUUGCGAAGGUCAGUUCCUCAUAUCAGAGGCAUAGAGGAUAGAGUUUUCAGGCCCUUGAAGUGGAGUUACGAUUCAUUACAAGGUAAAAACAUCAAACCUUGUUUUCUGUACUGCGCUUUGUAUCCGGAAGAUUUCUCUAUUGAAGUAAGCGAACUGGUAAAUUGCUGGCUGGCGGAAGGCUUGAUAGAUGAACAACAAAAUUAUGAGGACUUGCACAAUAGGGGAAUUGCUCUGAUUGAAAAUCUAAAGGACUCUUGUUUAUUGGAAGAAGGAGCCCACGAGAGCACUGUGAAGAUGCAUGACGUAAUUCGUGAUGUUGCUAUAUGGAUAUCAUCCUCCUUGGAUGAUGGUUAUAAAUCACUUGUCCGGUCAGGAAUUGGCUUGACUAGGAUUUCAGAAGCUGAAAUGUCCACAUCUCUCAAGAGAAUCUCUUUCAUUAAUAACAAAAUAUUAGGUUUGCCGGAUCGUGGAAUUCAAUGUCCAGAGGCCUCAAGUUUACUAUUGCAAGGCCACCUUCCCCUUGAGAGAAUUCCUGAUGGAUUUCUGCAAGCAUUUCAAUCACUCCGGAUCCUGAAUGUUAGUGGAACCAACAUUCAGUCAUUACCUCAAUCCAUUCUCCAUCUGGUUGACCUUAAAGUGCUCCUAUUGAGGGAUUGUCGUCUUCUUGAAGAAUUAACCCAAUUAGGCAUGCUUAGCAAACUCCAAGUGCUUGAUUGCUGUGCGACUCGUAUUAGAGAACUUCCGAGUGAAAUGGAAAAUUUGAGCAAUUUAAGAGUAUAA